CAGAGACAGAGCGAGAGCGGAGGGAGAGGCAGGGACCGCGCACGCUGGGCGAGGCGACAGGCGCCCGAGCUGGCGGUGACGGGUGGCCCCACGCCCGGCCAGGCAGGGCGGGCGGGAGGACCCAGUAAAGAGCCCGGGGAAGGGGAGAGGCUCGCGGGCGGCGGGAGCGCCAGUCUCUGUCGCUGUCACGGGCGGACGCUGGAGGCGGGGGACGCCGGCGCGCGGACCGACUGACUUAUUGACCGACCGACGGAGGCACACCCCGCUCCACCCCACCCCGCCUCGCCCGCAUCCCAGCGCCGGCGCCACCUCCCUCCCGUUGCUCCCUUGGCCACCUCUUCCUUCUCCACUUCUUUUCCGCCUCUGCCUCUUCUUGGCUCCCGCGGCGCCAGUGCCUUCUCCGGGCCCGGGCAGGGCGCCUCGGCUCCCUGCAGAGCUCUCCGUGGAGUCAGGGGGGACAUUUCGUUCUGGCAGAGAAGCAGCCCCUGCGCUGGGCGAGAGGUGCCGAGGGAGCUUCACCCCGAGGACCGGGGGAUGCGAAGGGAUUCCCGGCUGCAGGUCUGUUCCUCAGUCACUUUGAGUUUGGCCUAAUCGAAGACGGAGGUUAUGAAGUCGAUCCUAGAUGGCCUUGCAGAUACCACCUUCCGCACCAUCACCACAGACAUCCUCUACAUGGGCUCAAAUGACAUUCAGUAUGAAGAUAUCAAAGGCGACAUGGCAUCCAAAUUAGGGUACUUCCCGCAGAAGUUUCCUUUAACUUCCUUUAGGGGAAGUCCCUUCCAAGAAAAGAUGACUGCAGGAGACAACCCCCAGUUAGUCCCAGCAGACCAGGUGAACGUCACUGAAUUUUACAACAAGUCCCUUUCAUCCUACAAGGAAAAUGAGGAGAACAUUCAGUGUGGGGAGAACUUCAUGGACAUGGAGUGCUUCAUGAUUCUGAACCCCAGCCAGCAGCUGGCCAUCGCUGUGCUGUCACUCACGCUGGGCACCUUCACGGUCCUGGAGAACCUGCUGGUGCUCUGCGUCAUCCUCCACUCCCGCAGCCUCCGCUGCAGGCCUUCCUACCACUUCAUCGGCAGCCUGGCGGUGGCAGACCUCCUAGGGAGUGUCAUUUUUGUCUACAGCUUCGUGGACUUCCAUGUGUUCCACCGCAAAGAUAGCCCCAAUGUGUUUCUGUUCAAACUGGGUGGAGUCACAGCUUCCUUUACUGCCUCGGUGGGCAGCCUGUUCCUCACAGCCAUUGACAGGUACAUAUCUAUUCACAGGCCCCUGGCCUAUAAGAGGAUCGUCACCAGGCCCAAGGCUGUGGUGGCAUUUUGCCUGAUGUGGACCAUUGCAAUUGUGAUCGCUGUGCUGCCUCUCCUGGGCUGGAACUGCAAGAAACUGCAGUCCGUUUGCUCAGACAUUUUCCCACUCAUUGAUGAAACCUACCUGAUGUUCUGGAUUGGGGUCACCAGUGUGCUGCUGCUGUUUAUCGUGUAUGCGUACAUGUACAUUCUCUGGAAGGCUCACAGCCACGCGGUGCGCAUGAUUCAGCGUGGCACCCAGAAGAGCAUCAUCAUCCACACGUCAGAGGACGGCAAGGUCCAGGUGACCCGGCCCGACCAAGCCCGCAUGGACAUUAGGCUGGCCAAGACCCUAGUCCUGAUCCUUGUGGUUUUAAUUAUCUGCUGGGGCCCUCUGCUUGCGAUCAUGGUGUAUGAUGUCUUUGGGAAGAUGAAUAAGCUCAUUAAGACGGUGUUUGCCUUCUGCAGCAUGCUCUGCCUGCUGAAUUCCACCGUGAACCCCAUCAUCUAUGCUCUGAGGAGCAAGGACCUGAGACAUGCUUUCCGGAGUAUGUUUCCCUCAUGCGAAGGCACCGCGCAGCCUCUCGAUAACAGCAUGGGGGACUCGGACUGCGUGCACAAACACGCAAACAACACAGCCAGCGUUCACAGGGCUGCGGAGAGCUGCAUCAAGAGCACGGUCAAGAUUGCCAAGGUGACCAUGUCUGUGUCCACAGACACGUCUGCUGAGGCUCUGUGAGCCUGACGCCUCCCUGGCAGCACAGGAAAAGAAAUUCUUUUUUUUUUUUUUAAGCUCAAAAUCUAGAAGAGUCUGUCGUCUCAUCGGUUAUAUUUUUUUAAGUUUACCAUGCUUGGUGAAAAGGUGAUUGUCACCAUGAUCAGUUAUCAGUUCUCUAACGUUUCAGUAGUGUAGAUACUCAAACUCAGUUCUCCAGGGGUUUACUGUGAAGAAAGCCUGUUGCUUAAGUGACGGGAAGAUUCUUCAAGGUCUCAGUGAAAUAGGAGAGAAACCUUUGGCUAUACAAUUUGAAGUCUAAGUACCCAUAGAAAAAUGCCAUCAAAUGAGUAAUGCCUUUGUAACCACAACUUUCAUUAUAAUGUGAAAUGUGUUUGUCCUUAAGUAUCAGAGAUGUCCAUUUUUACAACAGUUAUAGUACUAAAGUAGAGCUAUUGUGUAAAAUGUGUUGUGUCCUGUGAGAUGUGUAUCAGUGUUUACUAUGUGUUAUUUAUAUUUGUCUAGUUCAGCACAACUGAAAGGUAGACUUUUAUGAGAACAAUGGAACACAAGCAGUGGAUACAUGCCAAUGAGACCACUUUUUAAAAAAUUAUUGCCCAUGAUAUAACUUUAGAAACCUUAAUAUUUUUUC